CACUCCCUGCCCUGCCCCCUGAGCAACACGGGCAGGGGGUGGGUGUGUACGGUUGGGUUUCCCUGACUAUUUAAGCAGAUUCCAACAGAUGGCCGAGAGAAAUUUUCCUCUGAGGGGGUCACGUUGCUCUCUCUCUCCUAGCUUCCGGUCUCCUUUUCAACGGAUCUGACUACUCCUUAUUUUCUAUCCCCUUUAACUAAAAACACUUCUAACACCUGGUACCAGCAGCUUCUCAACUGUAGGAGAGGCAAACUUAGAUCUUCACGGUUUUCCAUUUUUUUUCUGGCAAUUGUGCUUGCCAAAGUCCAGAAAGUUUUUGUCUUCCCCAGCCUUUCCCCACUGUGGGAUACCAGUCAUCCGCUCCUUCACCCGGCUAGGACGGCGGAGUAAACCAUGCCCUCCGACUUUCUAACGCCUUUCUUGGAACUGGAUGAGGAAUUCUUUAAGAAUUUCCGUGGCCUGGAGGCGACAGAUGGCUCGUCAACCGGCUCACAGCCGCAACGGACACAGCACAGUCAGAGAGUCGUGGGCUUCCAGCGUCGCCAUUCUCUGUGCCCCGUGACCCUCCCUAACUCCAAGUUUAACAACAACAACAGCAGCAGCAGCAGCUCUGAGGUGACUGACGCGGCAGCCGGCUGGGGCCUCAACGUGGCCCCCAGCCAGGGGUGGAGCGGAGAAAGUCAGCUUCCCCGCUCCACACUCAGCCACAUUCCCUUCAGGGUUGACCGAUCGGUCAGCAUGAUCGAGGGCAACGUCAGCGGCUCAGUAGGCAGAGACGACCAGAUGGCUAAUGUGUCCCCGAAAGUGCUGCUCCCGCCGCCGGGCUUCUCCCUCAGCAACGCCUCCUUCACCUCCCUCGCAUCCCCCUCGGCCUCCAGGCCUCUUGCCCCCUCGCCUCACAUCUCCACCCGGUACAAGACCGAGCUCUGCCGCACUUUCGAAGAGAGCGGGAUCUGCAAGUACGGCGCCAAGUGCCAGUUCGCCCACGGCAUGGAUGAGAUGAGAGGCCUCAGCAGGCACCCAAAGUACAAGACGGAGCCGUGCCGCACAUUCCACACCAUAGGCUUCUGCCCGUACGGGGCCCGGUGCCACUUCAUCCACAACGCCGACGAGGUCCUAGGAAACAACGCAAGCGCACCCCCGCAAAAGAUGAGGCCUCCUCUGCUGCGCCACAGCCUCAGCUUUGCAGGGUUCUCCUCCUCUAUGCAGACUUUCCAACCAGUUGAGGAGUUGCAGCCGUCCUCGUUCCUCUUCACCCGGGCCUCUUCCGUCUCCCCUGCUCCGUCCUCCACGGGGAGCCCAGAGCUCCUUUCCCCUCUCUUCCCCGAGCCGGGGGCCCUAAAGCAUUGUCAUUACCCUUUCUCCGGAAUCCCCACCUUGACCGACGACGGCGGCGAUUCUGCUCUGCGGUUCUACGCCAUUAAGGAAUCUGUGGGCACUAGGUGUUCUUCCUCCGCUUUCCCCUCUAAAAACCAGAACCUGGCGUACCACCUUCCCCAGCAACUGCCGGUGUCCCUGAGCGGCCUGGCCGGCCUCCAACGCUGCUCCUCGGCCGACUCCCUCUCUGAGGAAGGCUACACCUCCUCCUGCUCUCUCAGCUCUUCCUCCAGCGGCACAGACUCGCCGAGCUUCGAGGGCCGUCGCCUGCCCAUAUUCAGCCGGCUGUCUGUUACAGACGAGUAGGGAAGGGUUUUACUGUGGGGCUGGAUUUUCCCGGGGUGUAGGCGGUCCAGUUAUUAUGUUGAUGUGACAAGGUACUGGUGUCGGCUUUUGUGGCCAGUCUAGAAACACCAGUCACAAUGGAUCAAAGCAUUAGGUAUUCAGCUCCUUCCUAAAUCCAGCCAGGUAAACGUACCUAACUUUGUGCAUAUUGCAUUCCUCAUCCAAGCAGUUGUAGCGCUGCUCAGUGUUUGUCCAGUUUUAGCUGACUUCUUUUUUGGUUGCUUUUUUUAAUUGUUUUUUUUGCCAUUGUUACUGCUGUAUACUGUUGUAUACCCAUUUUAGAGAAUAUUUUGAGGGUACAUUGGGGAGCUUGGCAAUGACGCCAAUACGUUAUUCAGUUCCAUGUGAGAAUUUUCCUUUGCCCUAAAUUGAGAAGCAUUAUGAGAUGAAUGCUGUUUGCCCUAUGUAUGACUGGUGUGUUAUCCACCUUUUGUUUUUAAUAUAGCCAUGUUGUUUUUUAACAGAUCUUAUUUUUACUCCUUACAGUUUAUAGUGACCCUAGCCAGCAACACUUCUUCAGUUGUAUUAAGGCUUUCCAAAUGUGUCAAACCAGCUUCUUAUAAUUGGUUGAAUGGUUGUAGCCACGUGAUUGUAUUUGUCAGCCAUUUUUACUGCCUGUCAAGGAUUGAGCUGAACUGCCUUAUAGCAAACAAAAUGUCUAAGCGGCCCACUGACUCUCUCUAGUUACCAAAGUUGAUGUUAGAGUUCCCCCUAACCCUCUAGAACUGUUAACGCCUAGCCUAGUCUUUAACCACAGGGUUAUGAUGACUGUUAUACCAUCACACUUUUGAAGACUUAUUUAUUGCUUUUUUGUAUAAUUCGUUGAGUUUGUGGUUAUUUUUAUGCAUUGUUUUAUAUAUCAGAUACAUUAUGCUUUACUUAUGCAUUCAUGAUGUCUAUCUGCUUGUUUUUGAGGCUAUCUAGAAGCUUUAAGAAGGCUCGCGGACAGGAGAGGGGAAAGGAGAAAGAGAAACAUUUUUGGCAUUCUAUAUGUACUUAUGUUGCCUUAUUGGCUAUCAGGCCUGGCAGAAAUCAGGACUCGCUGAGUUCUCACACGGACAGCAGCUCCACGAAUUAGGGCCCUGCAGACCCACCAGGUCCGUCUGCUGUCGUUGUGAUCAUCCGGCGAGUCCACUCUCCUCUCCACGAAGCCUCCAAUCUCUGACUGUAAUUACCUUUUUGUUAAGUGCUGUUAUCUAAAUGUAAAGCAAAAUGCGGGGGAUACAGGGGCUCAAAACACAUUCAUGGCCUUGACGUAAAUCCGCACCUACGCAGCUAUCAAAAGAAAUGUGUAUGUUAAAAUUUCUAUUAUCCAUUGCACAUGUUCCUGUCAUUGGGACUGCUGUACUACUACCCUGUGGUCGUUGUGUGUGGAGAUCCCUGUGCGCCAACUUCUUGUUGACAGGUAACCUUUGUUUAUUGUUGACUUCUGUGAUUUGGAGUUGCCUAGAUGAAAAUGUGUUUAUUGGUUGGCUUCUGUUGCACGCCAGCCAGCUAGUUUUGCUAGCUAACUCUCCGAAUGAAGUCAAGCAAGUUUGAAUGAAACAGGCAAUAUCGACAUUUCUUGUUUUUUGUCAAGACGACAACUCAACCUGCCCCAAGGAGUCCGGAGACGCUUCUUGUUGUAGUUUAUUGUUAGCUUGACCCGGCAGCAAGCCGUUUUUUUGUAACUUUUGUUAACUUAAAGCCUUAUUUAUUUUUUUGUUUUUCGAAGCGAAACCUAUAUUGUGGUGUCUGAUAUCUUAUUUUCUUUUGUUUUAUUUUACAUAAUUUACAACAAUAAUUUAUAGUGCAUUUAUUGUUUACAUUCCAUGAGUUAUGUUGAUAUCCUAGCUCUUUAUCUUAAUA